AUGAGUCCGGUAGGGGAAACCAGAAGAGUGUCGGACGAGAACGAAGCAGCCGGGGCGCGGCGGCGCGGGGAGCUAGCGAAGAAGCGCGGCAACACGGUGCUGGGGGUGCCGCGCAAGGCGCUCGGAGCAGUGGGCGUGAACACGCGGAAGCAGGAGCGCGACGGGGCGGCGACGGGGAGCGGCGCGGGUGGGGCGCGGGGCGCGGGGACGAAGCGGAUGGUGUACCACGAUAGCGAGGGGGAGGAGACACAAGAGCCGGAGGAAAAGCGCGUGAGCAAGAAGGCGAAGGCGGAGCGGCAGUGCCCGUCGCCGGCGGCGCAGACGGAGAGCCCUGAGGCGGCGCGCGGCGCGCUGGUGCGGGAGCCGCACCCGCACCGGGACCUUGACGCGCUGGAGGCGGACGAUCUGACGAUGUGCGUCGACUACACGAACGAGAUCUUCGCGCACCUCUUGCAGCGGGAGCAGGAGACAACGUGCGUGGUGAACUACGUGCAGGAACGGCAGUGCGCGUUUUACAUCCGGCCGUCCAUGCGGGCGAUUCUUGUGGACUGGCUGAUAGAGGUGCACCUGAAGUUCCAGCUGCUGCCGGAGGCGCUCUACUUAGCGAUCAACAUCAUGGACCGCUACCUCUCGACGAACAAGGUGUCGCUCUCCAAACUACAGCUCGUGGCGAUCACGUCACUUCUAAUUGCGGCCAAGUUCGAGGAGGUAAACUUGCCGAAAUUGUCUAACUAUGUCUACAUCACGGAUAACGCGUACACAGUGGAGGAGGUGAAGCAGUCGGAGUGCAACAUCCUCAACGCGUUAGAGUUCAACAUUGGCUGGCCAAACCCGAUGAAUUUCCUUCGGAGAAUCUCCAAGGCAGACAACUACAAUCACAAUACUCGCAACUACGCCAAGGUCUUCCUAGAGUAUGCAAUGUGCUGUCCAAAGUUCGUGGCCAUCACUCCGUCCGUUCUUGCGGCCAUGUCCAUGCGCUGCGCCAUGAUGCUCAACUACGGUGCCGAGGGUUUCGAGUGGGACGACACUAUGGAGUGGUACAGCUCCAUGGCUACGACCUCCGCGAAGUUCGAUUUCCAAAAGUUAUGUGAUGACCUCAUAAAGGAUAUUCAGGAGCCGAGUACACAGUUGAAUGCUCUCAUCUACAAGUACAAAAAACUGGGGCUUUGGGUUGCCGUGAAAACCUGGUGUGAUGAACAAAAGAUUGUGAGAUAG